AUUAACACUUUAUAAUGCAAUUAUUUUUUAUCUUUUCUAUUUUUGCAGUCAGUCAAACCAGACAACCUGGAGAAUUACUGUGACUUUCUCCAAAAGGAGGUGUCUAAUUUAAAAAAUCUGCUGGACAACGAACUAACUCCCAUCCAAGAAGUUGUCAUGCAAGAGCUGAAUUGUAUGAGGGAGCUGGUGAACAAGGACCUGGCUGCCAUCAAGGAUGACUUCAAGAAGGAGGUGGUAACAGCUCGAGGUCAGCUCCAGGAGGAUCUGUCUGGUCUGAUGGAUUCCUUUAAAACCGACAUGAAAGCAGAAACGACCCACUGUAAAAACAUUCUUACUGCCAAAAUGGAUAGUUUAUCAAAGAAAAAAGAAAGUGAGCAACCACCAAGAAACAACCUGACAGAAGAAAGUCAGGUAUUGCAGAAUGAGCUCAAGAAGCAGCUAUAUGAAAUGAUGGAGAUCUUAAAAAAUGAACUGGCAGCUGAGAAGGAGUCACUGAGGAAGCAUCAGGAUGAUAUAAAGCACACCUUCCAAAAAGAACUGGAAGAUGAAAUGGCCAGCUUGAAACAGGAGCUUGCCACCAUCAAGCAAAGUUCCUCAAAGCAGAUGGAAGAUGAGCAGCCACAGACCACCAACCUGUUCCAGAAGCAGCUGGCUGACAUCAAGGAGGACUUACAAAAGCAGAUGGACACCAAAGAAAAGGCUUUAAAAGAUGAAAUUGCUACAAUGGCAACUGCUUUCCAGGAACAGCUGUCCUCUAAGCAAGCGAUUGAAGACCAGCUCCUGAAAGAAAUUGAGGACCUCAGGCAUGAGAAUCAGCAGAUGCAGGAACUCAUGUUGAAGAAACCAGAAAAGAAAAGCUUCAGGAGCUGGUGCUAUGAAAAAGUUAAACAGGCAGCAUCAGUGAUGGCCUGGAUUACAACCGCUACAUUCCACUGGUUAUAAAGGUUUCAUGUCACAGAGGCCCACACCCCAGAAACAAGAAUGAAGAGUAGAGGGGGCCCCAGCUUCAAGGUCCUUGGGUACCCAUCUUUCUGAAGACCUCACUUGGACAAUCAAU